AUGGCAGGAUCGGAGAAGUCUUCCGGUGGCGAAGAACGCCAGUAUGACACCGAAAGUGCAAUGACCAUCAUGGGCGAUGAAACACCCCGCAACGAAAGCCCUAACAAAGCGAAUGACUGGGGCAUGCUGUCCAAGCUCCAGGAUGACAACGAUCGUGCCCUCGCAGCUGGGUUCAAGAAACAGGAGCUGGGCGUUACAUGGAAGGACCUCUCCGUGCAGGUUGUGAGCUCUGAAGCUGCAGUUAACGAGACCGUGCUCUCACAGUACAACAUUCCGACCAAGAUCAAAGAAAGUCGACAAAAGCCCCCUCUCCGCACCAUCCUCAACAAAAGCCAUGGCUGCGUCAAGCCCGGUGAGAUGCUGCUUGUCUUGGGCCGCCCCGGCGCCGGCUGCACCACCUUGUUGAAGAUGCUUGCAAACAGACGAGGAGGAUACAAGUCGGUGGAAGGUGAUGUGCGGUUUGGCUCCAUGCAACCUAAGGAGGCCGAAGCCUUCCGUGGCCAAAUCGUCAUGAACACCGAAGAGGAAAUCUUCUUCCCAACCCUGACUGUUGGCCAAACCAUGGAUUUCGCCACCCGCCUUAAGGUUCCCUUUCACCUUCCUGACGGUAUGACCCCCGCCGAGUACCAGGAAGCCUCCAAGAAGUUCCUCCUCGAAUCGGUCGGAAUUUCACACACCGAAAACACCAAGGUCGGUAACGAGUAUGUCCGUGGAGUCAGUGGCGGUGAACGCAAACGUGUCUCUAUCAUCGAAACCAUGGCCACUCGCGGCUCCGUCUUCUGCUGGGAUCAAUCGACCCGAGGAUUGGACGCUUCUACCGCUCUUGAGUGGACCAAGGCCAUUCGCGCCAUGACCGAUACCCUUAACCUCUCGACCGUCGUCACCCUCUACCAAGCUGGUAACGGAAUCUACGACCUAUUCGACAAGGUCCUGGUUCUCGAUGAAGGAGAGCAAAUCUACUACGGUCCCAGAGAACAGGCACGACCAUUCAUGGAGGCUGCAGGCUUCAAGUGCCUUGAGGGCUCUAACGUUGCCGAUUAUCUCACUGGUGUCACUGUCCCCACGGAGCGUAAGAUCCGCACCGGCUACGAAAACCGAUUCCCUCGCAACGGCGAGGCCCUCAGAAUUGAAUACGAAAAGUCUGCUAUCCACGCCGAGAUGGUUGCCGAGUACUCCUACCCCGACUCGGAUGUUGCCCGCGCACGCACCGAGGAGUUCAAACAAGGUGUUGCCUUUGAGACUGCGAAGAAUCUCCCCAAAAACAGUCCCUUCACUGUCGGAUUCGUUGAUCAAGUGAAGAUUUGUGUGGAGCGUCAAUAUCAGAUUCUGUGGGGUGACAAAGCCACCUUCAUCAUCAAGCAGGUGGCCACACUAGCCCAGGCUUUGAUUGCUGGUUCUCUGUUCUACAGUGCCCCUGAUAACUCUGGCGGUUUGUUCGUCAAAUCUGGUGCCCUCUUUUUUUCUCUUCUCUACCAAAGUUUGCUUGCCAUGAGUGAAGUGACCGAGUCCUUCUCUGGCAGACCAGUUCUCAUUAAACACAAGGGAUUCGCCUACUUCCACCCCGCUGCCUUCUGUCUCGCCCAAAUUGCUGCAGAUAUUCCAGUUCUGCUUUUCCAAAUCUCGAUCUUCGGUCUCAUCGUCUACUUCAUGGUGGGACUUACUAUGUCGGCUUCGGCAUUCUUUUCUUACUGGAUCAUCAUCUUCACGACUACAAUGGCCAUGACUGCGCUGUUCCGUGCGGUCGGUGCUGUCUUCUCCACGUUUGAUGGUGCAUCCAAGGUCUCCGGUUUACUCAUUAUGUGCACUGUUCUCUACAGUGGAUAUAUGAUUCCCAAGCCAACCAUGCACCCUUGGCUAGGAUGGAUCUUCUGGAUUGAUCCGAUUGCCUAUGGAUUCGAAGCUUUACUGAGCAUCGAAUUCCACGGAAAGGAUGUCAUUCCAUGCGUCGGCAACAACUUGAUCCCAACUGGCCCCGGCUAUGAAAACGUCCAAGCACACCAGUCCUGCGCCGGUGUGAAGGGUGCUAUUCAAGGUCAGAACUUUGUCACUGGUGAUAACUACCUGUCAGCUCUGUCAUACAGCCACUCUCACGUGUGGCGCAACCUUGGCAUCAACUGGGCUUGGUGGGCGUUGUUCGUCUUCCUCACUAUCGUCGCCACCACUCGGUGGAAGUCUCCCUCCGAAUCCGGUAACACCUUGGUUAUUCCUCGGGAAUACCUUCACAGACAUCUCAAAAACCAACCGAAGGACGAAGAGGGCCAAGUCUCCGAUAAAAAGGUCACCGAGGGUAAGAGCGAGGAGCCUGACAAUCUCGACAACCAGCUUGUUCGCAACACCUCGGUCUUUACCUGGAAGGAUCUGUCUUACACUGUUUCCACCCCGACUGGUGACCGAUUGCUUCUUGACAACGUGCAAGGAUGGGUUAAGCCCGGUAUGUUGGGCGCUCUGAUGGGUUCAUCUGGCGCCGGUAAGACUACCCUGCUUGAUGUUCUCGCCCAACGCAAGACCGAAGGAACCAUCAAUGGCUCCAUCAUGGUCGAUGGUCGCCCACUCCCCGUCUCAUUCCAACGCUCAGCCGGCUACGUCGAGCAGCUCGACAUCCACGAGCGCAUGGCGACUGUCCGUGAGUCCUUGGAAUUCUCCGCCUUGCUUCGCCAGCCUGCGACCACACCUCGCGAAGAGAAGCUCGCCUACGUCGACGUUAUUAUUGACCUACUGGAACUCCAUGACCUGGCCGAUACCAUGAUCGGAAGCGUCGGAGCUGGAUUGAGCGUUGAACAGCGCAAGCGUGUUACUAUUGGUGUCGAGCUUGUUUCCAAGCCCAGCAUCCUUAUUUUCCUUGACGAGCCCACCAGUGGUCUCGACGGCCAAAGUGCUUACAACACCGUUCGAUUCUUGCGCAGACUUGCAGAUGCAGGCCAAGCUGUCCUGGUCACUGUUCACCAGCCAUCUGCCCAGCUGUUCGCCGAAUUCGAUCAACUUCUUCUCCUUGCCAAGGGCGGUAAAACCGUUUACUUCGGUCCCAUCGGAGAGAACUCCUCUGAGAUCAAGACUUAUUUCUCACGUUACGGAGCGCCCUGCCCUCCCGAGACUAACCCUGCCGAGCAUAUGAUUGACGUCGUGUCUGGCCAACUGAGCCAAGGCAAAGACUGGAACCAAGUUUGGCUGGAGUCCCCAGAACACACUGCCAUGCGCAAGGAGCUUGACGAGAUUAUCUCAACUGCUGCUGCCAAGCCUGAAGCUACGCACGACGAUGGCCGUGAGUUUGCUUGCACACUGUGGGAGCAGACCAUGCUUGUCUUGAAGCGUACUUCCACUGCCCUGUACCGAAACUCCGAUUACAUCAACAACAAAUUUGCUCUUCAUAUUUCGUCCGGUCUGUUUGUUGGCUUCAGUUUCUGGAUGAUUGGAGAAUCCGUCGCCGAUCUGCAGAGUGUCCUAUUCUUCAUCUUCAACGCCAUCUUCGUCGCCCCCGGUGUGAUUAACCAAUUGCAACCGACUUUCCUUGAGCGUCGUGACUUGUUCGAAGCUCGUGAGAAGAAGGCUAAGAUGUACUCAUGGAAGGCAUUCACCAUUGCUCUCGUUGUCUCCGAAUUCCCAUACCUGGUUGUCUGUGCCGCUCUGUUCUUCAACUGCUGGUACUGGACCGCUGGCAUGGCCGUGGAUUCCAGCAAGAGUGGCAGCAUGUUCUUUGUCUUCUUCCUCUACGAGUUCCUCUACACUGGUAUCGGUCAAUUCGUCGCUGCUUACGCGCCCAAUGCCAACAUGGCCGCCAUGAUCAACCCUUUGAUUCUGGGUACAAUGAUCUCAUUCUGUGGUGUCUUGGUUCCCUACGCCCAAAUCGUCAGCUUCUGGCGUUACUGGAUCUACUGGCUGAACCCCUUCAACUACCUAAUGGGUAGCAUGCUUGUAUUCGGCCUCUUCGACCGCAACGUCGAAUGCACGGACCAGGAAUACGCCUUGUUCAGCCCACCCAACGGAUCAACCUGUAUCGAGUAUCUCGGCGAUUACAUGCAGACGAUUGGUGCUCGCAUGAACCUCGUCAACCCCGAUGCAACCUUCGACUGCCGCGUGUGUCAAUAUACCCGCGGAUCCGACUAUCUGGUGACUGUCAACCUCAAUGAUUAUUACUACGGCUGGAGAGACACUGGAAUUGUGGCUCUUUUCGUCAUCAGCUCGUACGGUCUGGUCUUCGGACUCAUGAAGUUGAGGACGAAGGCUUCUAAGAAGGCUGAGUGA